AACAUUUUGAUUCAUCGUUGUUCCAUGGCAUCAGACGGCAUCGAGUUUCCCAUCAAUGGCGGGACAUAUGCUCCAUACGGUACCAUCACUCGCGAUAACCACGGCUCCUACGUGAUUAUCGCGACUUGGAUCUUCGCUUGCAUAUCGACGCUUUUUGUCGCCGUUCGCGUUGCUCUGCGCACUUGGACAUCGCGACAUUUUGGGCCCGACAGUGCUUUGAUAGUCAUUGCGUUGUUAUUUGCCAUUGCGCAAGGCAUCUGCGAUAGCGAGGCGGUCCGGUCGGGCUUGGGAAGGCAUUAUGACACUCUGAAUGGCACAGAAAGGCCUUCAUAUAAUCGGACGAUUUUUGCUAGCGAAAUACUAUCCGUCUUUGUUUUUGUUCUUGUCAAGCUUUCGAUGAUGGCCUUGAUUGCCCAGAUUACGCCAUCACACACUAUGGCUAUGAUUUCCAGAUGGUUUACAGUUUUCACGAUUCUUUGGGGUAUAGCAUAUGUCUUUUCCGCCUCCUUUCAGUGCGGAGCCCGAGUGCCCAUGAGAGCAUUCGAAAACGCCUGUGUCGACCACGGGGGCCUUCUUUAUACUCAUGGAGUUAUCAACAUUCUAACAGAUGCUUUCAUCGCGCUUCUUCCCAUAUUUAUUGUAUGGAAAGUGCAGAUACCAAAACAAAAAAGGAUUCUAGUGAUGGGAUUGUUUUGGGUUCGCAUUUUGGUGUGCAUUGCUGCCGGUAUUCGACUCGGCACAUUGGAGCCGUAUCUGUCGAAAAAUGAUGUUAGCUGGUACUAUCUCUGGCCGACCAUGUGGAAUCAAAUUACGAUACAUCUUAGCAUCAUAACAGCCUGCGUACCAUCCAUCAAGCCGUUCUUCGACGCCCUACAAUCUAGUCUGAUUGACUCGGGGAUUCCACGCAAUUACAAAUCGAAUAAUUCCAUUGAGCUCCGGCCGUGGAAAUCAUCCUAUAAGACCUAUGGGAGCAGAUCAUCUCGGAAGCUCCAGUCGUCACUGGGAGGCCUGGGUAUCACAAGCACGGUUCACAACGAAAUCGGAGUGGGCGCUGCGGAUGAUCAAACGAGCACAGCCAGUCUGACCAACAAUGUGAUUCAUCAGCAGCGGGAUGUGGAUGUAGUCAUAGCUGAGGCAUCUGAGGUACGCCGCGGGCCCAUCAUGUUCAACAGAGGUUCUCGUACUUGA